GGAAUGGUGAGAUGUUGUUGCAACGCCACCGCCGUGAUCACCCAUCGAAGACAACGACCCUACGGCAUUGCAACAAAUGUGAAACAUGUCUUCACUGCGAUUCUGUCUUCUAGUCGACUAUGGAAAGCCCGUCGAAGCGUCGCAAGAAGAACGACUCCAAGCCAACGCCGGCAACCCACGGUAGCCUCGACUUCUUCUUUCGCAAACAAGCCCAGCAAUCGCUCGCAUCGCCGUCUUCCACAUCGGCUCAAGAUCAGUCGAAAUCUGAGCAAUCACUUUCCGAUGAAGAACUCGCCAGGAAGCUGCAGGAAGAAUGGGCGAGAGAAGACGAAUCUCAGAGCCAGAGAAUCAAUGUAGGGGAGACCAGCGCAAGCAGUGAUUCUGCAUACAGAAAUGAGAGAGACGCCGAAGAGUCGUUAACGGAUACACUCGCUAAGUCUGAUUCAGAGGCCAAAGCUGUGCCCAGCGAGCAUGAAAAAGCCAUUCUCGGACUUCAGUCCACUGCUUCAGAUGGUGACGCAGUGACGCUUACAAUCCCUUUCGACCAGAGCCCUUUGGUUUUCAACCCUUCCACCUAUGUCCCGGAAUUGAAGAGGCAAUGGGCCAAGGAAGGAGGCGAUGCGCUCUAUGCCCUUCUCACUCGGUGCUUUUUCCUCGUCAAUUCUACCCAGAGCAGAAUCAAAAUCGUUGACACCUUGGUGAAUUGCCUUCGAGUCAUUAUCGAGUCAGAUCCUGACAGCCUACUUCCCGCUGUGUGGCUUGCCACGAAUUCAAUCUCUCCUCCAUACAUCUCGCUUGAGCUUGGUUUAGGGGGCUCGGCAAUUUCCAAAGCUCUGAAGAAAGUUUGUGGUUUGGACAGUGCUGGCCUCAAAACGCUUUACGAUAAGCACGGUGACGCCGGGGAUGUGGCUUUCGAAGCCAAGAAGAGGCAGAGCUUCACGCUGAGAAAACCCAAGCCACUUUCUAUCAAAAGUGCCUAUCAGACUCUGGUCAAAAUUGCCAAUAGCAAAGGCCACGGAAGUGUUGAGCAGAAGCAGAGACUUGUCGAGCGACUCCUGCAGGAUGCGCGAGGGCCCGAAGAAAGCAGAUAUAUCGUUCGUACCUUGGUCCAGCAUUUACGCAUCGGCGCCGUCAAGACAACCAUGUUGAUUGCACUUGCAAGAGCAUUUCAGCUUUCUCGCCCAGAAGGUGCGGAUUUCCCUCUUCAGGACCUUGCCAGUCUCGCAAAACUCAAGAAGGAUGAGCUUGCAGCAGUGUGGUCCAGUGCUGAAGAGACGGUCAAGACAUGCUUUGCCCGCCGGCCCAAUUACAAUGAUCUAGUCCCAGGACUUCUUGAAGUGGGCGUUUCUGACGAACUUCUCCUCCGUUGUAGCUUGGCGCUGCAUAUUCCGCUACGCCCCAUGCUUGGGAGCAUAACGAGGGAUCUCAGCGAAAUGCUCACAAAACUCCAAGGUCGAGAUUUCAGUUGCGAGUACAAGUAUGACGGCCAACGGGCGCAAGUCCACUGUGACGAGAACGGCAAAGUGUCCAUUUUCUCACGACAUCUCGAAGUCAUGACAGACAAAUAUCCAGACCUGGUGGCACUUGUGCCCGAGAUACGAGGAGACGGGGUGUCGAGCUUCAUUCUCGAAGGUGAAGUGGUUGCCGUGGAUCGCAACUCUGGGCAACUGAAGACAUUCCAGACCUUGACCAAUCGUGCAAGGAAAGACGUCGAUAUUGGAUCCAUCCAAGUGGAAGUGUGCCUGUUUGCAUUCGAUCUCAUGUACCUCAAUGGAGAGCAGUUGCUUGACAGACCUUUUCGCGAAAGGCGGGCAUUGCUGAGGAGCAUGUUUAUCGAGAAAGAACAUCAUUUCACGUGGGUCCAAAGCAUUGAUGCCACAUCCACUGACUCGGAAACGGUUCUCGAAUUCUUCAAGUCGGCCACCGAGAUCAAAUGCGAAGGCAUCAUGGUCAAGGUACUCGACAAUCUACCGAAUCCAGAUUUAUUACCACCUGGGCAAUCCCCCCCGCAUACAGAACAGCUUCCCACGCCCAAAAAGUCCAAAAAGUCCAAAAAUGCCCAGGAGAAAGACACCGAGAAAGAGAAAGGCACCCGGCGAAAAGCCCUCCUGGCGACCUAUGAACCCGACAAACGACUCGACUCAUGGCUCAAAGUGAAAAAGGACUACGCCACUUCAGCCGACACAAUCGAUCUGAUCCCCGUGGCGGGCUGGCACGGUCAAGGUCGGAAAGCCAAGUGGUGGUCUCCAAUCCUGCUGGCGUGUCGCAAUCCUGCCACCGGGUCCCUCGAAGUCGUCACCAAAUGCAUAUCAGGCUUCACCGACAAGUUCUACCAAGCAAACAAAGAAAAGUACGAACAAGGUGGGCAGAACACUCAUGGGAAAAGGCCCAGCUAUAUCGAGUACAGCGCGUACGAACCGGACGUCUGGUUUGAACCACAAGAAGUCUGGGAAAUGGCAUUUGCCGAUAUUACACUGUCUCCAACAUAUACGGCGGCCAUAGGCCUGGUGAGUGAGGAACGGGGACUGAGCAUGCGGUUUCCGCGAUUCCUCCGAGUCCGUGAAGACAAGUCGAUUGAGGAGGCGAGUACGGCAGAGUUUUUGGCUGCCCUGUACCGCAAGCAGGAGGCUAGAGUCAAAGAGACUGACAAUAUAGGAGCAGAGCCACGUGGGAAUGGGUUAGACGCAGACGAGGAGGGCCUUGAUAACGAGGAUGAUGAAGACCAUUAUUGAAACACAAAGACCUCCCAUG